AUGCCGUCUAAAGCUGAGGAGAACCUCCCGGCCACGAACGAGGGUUACGGUACCCGCGAGUAUUGGGAGCAGCGGUAUACUGUCGAGGGUGUAGGCCACGACUUUGACUGGUUCCUCAAGCCCGACUACCUUCUCCAGUUCUUUGACGGCCUCACCAAGGACAUUGAUGUUGGCAAGGAUGCCCGCAUCCUCAUUCUGGGCUGCGGAAACAGCUCUCUCGGCGAGGCCCUCUACGAUGCCGGGUGGCGCAACCUUGUCAACAUCGACUAUUCUAAGGCUGUUAUUGAACAGAUGAUUGAGCGCCACGGCGAGACACGCCCACAAAUGAAGUGGCUCGAGAUGGACGUUCUGGACCUCAAGUUUGAGCAGGAGUUUGACCUUGUGGUGGACAAGGCAACAAUGGACGCCAUGUUGACUACCAAGGGCGACCCAUGGAACCCUCCCCAGAAGGACAUUGACAUGUGCACCAAAGAGGUCGACGAGGGUCUCCGUGUCCUUCGCAAGCAACUCGGCUCCAAGUUUGUGUACUGGUCGUUCGGACAGCCCCACUUCCGCAAGCGCUUCUUUAUCAACCGUGCUGGAUGGAAGUACAGCCAAAAGUCGGUCGGGCCAGAGGACGGGUUCGAGUACUUCCAGUACCUCUUGGAGUGGGAAGAAGUUGUGGCAUAG